AUGGAAUCGAGAGAGGUUCCCUCUAGUGGAAACGAUGUCCCUGGAAUGUCCUGGCGUUUUGGCGACUUGGUUGUAAGGUUGAUGCAACGGUCGCGUUCCUCAGCGCAUUACACCCCAACAAAGCGUUUCUAUUGCGCAACACGGGGGUCGACGGAAUCGUCGGCCGUGGGCAACACGUCUGGUGCGUGCCUUGUGACGGCUCUCGCGCUGGAGGCUGGCUGUCCUCUGCACCUGCUCUUUACCUUCACUUCCGCCCAUAGCGCUGUUAUACCGGUGCGAAAUGCACGCGUUGCGCUGCGCCACAGCCUCUCCCUCACUCUCUGCGUAGACCUCGACGCCUUCAGCGUUACUAAGGGAGCUCCGCCCACGUCAUUUUUUAACCUGCUCGGCGCCAGGGUGCUGGCACUGAAGCUUCGCUCCCAAACAUUCGAGUGGCCGCCCAGGAAGAAACUGCCCAGGAAGAAGCUGUACAGGCAAGAAACAAGAAGCUUCGGUUUCCGGAAGAACGGCUCGACCAUCGAAUGGGCAGAGUGGAAGCAGCUAGUUAGGGAGCUCCUCGAAAGGCACGACCCAAACCAGGUCCACCCGCGCUUCCUGCACGCCGAACUCCGCUUAUCCCGCAUUAACACCAUCCACCGCUUUACCCGCCGCACCCUUUGA